CUCUGCCUGCAAUAGAUAAGGGGCUAUGAGGGAAAGCAGAGGAGGGGAGGUGACCGACAUGAUAGGUGUGAGGAGGAGACGGUCCGUACAGCAGUAUGUGAGAGGAGUCCCUGAGCCAGAGGAGGGAGACAGACGCCUGGGAGUCACAGAGAGAGCGCCGGGCGGGCGGAGACAGGAGAGGGAGGAGCGGCAGCACACAGCCUGGGACCGUACGUGCCGGAGCACGGGGAGGAUGGACGGGGAGCUGCCCUAGUGCACCGGGCACCGCGCUUCUCCUUCCCCGGGAGCCGCAGGCUUUCCAUGCUGGACAAGGCACCCUCUGGUUUACAGUGAAGGGCCCGGCCAGGACACAAGCGCCAGUGCAUGCCAGCUCCACAGCAGCCAUUAAGAUGAUUCCUGUGUCACCUGCAUAGCUGGAUGAACAGAAGAUUCUACAAUGCUACAUAAACACUAGUAACAACCCAAAAUCAGUGGGAAAGCUUUGGGAAAAUGGAAGAACUCUAUAAAGAAACGCCAGACCUGCAAAUGGAGUUGAAUAGCAGUCCCUCCACUAUUCCAAACAAGAUGGAGAAUGGGGUCACACAACUGAUUACGGCAGAAGCCUGGAAUAUCAAUCCCUCGGGUCUGAUGAAAAAAGCACUCUCCCCUCUCGUGACUGUGCCAGCUACCCCUGUCCUCAGCCCCUCAUCUGACUCCCAAAGUGGAGUAGCACUCAAGGUAGCUGCAACUGUCCUUCAGCCUAUUUGCUUAGGAGAGAGCCCUGUUGUUCUGCCAAUUCACUGGCAGGUUGCAGGUAGCACACCACCUCAAAUGAACUCAAACAGCAGUAGCACACCCUAUGUUAUAACAACACAAGGUCCUGUACCACUGCCUGUGCUUGUGGAGCAGCAUGUUUUUCAGCACUUAAACUCACCAUUGGUAUUGCCUCAAGCGCCUCCAUGUGCUGGUCCUACUAUCCAAAACCACCUGUUCCCAGGAACUACUACUGCUACUGUUGGUCAGCCACAAAUAUUAGAUCAAAAGGCUUCCAUUCCUGUACAGGAAACUGUACUUCCACCAGUUUUCCAAACACCAGGAUUUUCGUCUGUUCUACAAGAUUUGUUUCCACCACCAAGUUUAGGUACACCCUCUCCUUGUCAUUCAUCUCCAGAUUAUGCAUCUGCUAAUAUAAACUCAUUGCCCCCUCAAGCCUUUAGCUCCCCUUUAUCUCCGUUAGUUCCACCUGCCACGCUCCUAGUACCAUAUCCUGUCAUUGUUCCCCUACCAGUACCACUGCCUAUACCAAUCCCAAUCCCAAUACCAGUGCCAGAGACUGAAAAGGACUGUAAGGGAAAUGUGGACCUUUCUAAAUCAACAGUAGAAAUCCUUAAGACUUGCAAAGGUACCCAAACCACUCUAGAAAAAGAAGAAGUUAAACCUUUUGAAUUUACAGCAAAAACAGAAUUUCCUCAGUUCCAUCGACACUCUGUCAUUAAAAUAAAUAACGAAAAUGAAGCACUUGAUCUUUCAAUGAAAACCGAGCCAAUGGUUAAUAACAAUGAUACAAGUACUGAGGUCCUCCAGGAAGAUGGCGUUUUAGAUCUAUCCGUUCCUGUGUACAAGAGAUGUGCGAGCACCAGUACACAAGUUGGCACAUCUGUGUCUAGUAUGUCUCAGUGUGACCCUGUAAGUCCUUCCACAGGUAAGAGCUUCCCUGCUACAACAUUUAACCCACCCCUAGUCCAUACUGAGGUGACACAAAAGCCGGACAAUCGAGUCAUCUGCUCCAACACUGCUGAAGUUUUACGCCAACAAAAAUGGGUUUCGGAGUCAAGCAACAGAGCUAGUUAUGAGCCGAAAAUGUCCAACAUUGAGCUGGUGAGUAGUUCCCAAACAGCAAAAGUCAUUGUUUCUGUGAAAGAUGCAGUUCCUGCAAUAUUUUGUGGCAAAAUAAAAGGACUUUCUGGUGUGUCGACAAAAAACUUUUCCUUUAAGAGGGAUUUGCCACAGGACUCUGUGAUGCAGAAUUACGAUGUGAAGAGUCAGGCAGAGAUGAGGGAGAAUGCUGAUGCUUUACGAAAGCCAGUGAAAAACAGAGGUAUGAAGCUAAAAAAGGUGAAUUCCCAAGAGAUUCAUAUCCUUCCGAUCAAAAAGCAGAGACUGGCAGCUUUUUUCCCUAGAAAAUAGUAUGCACCCAAAAGUGCAGUCCUGAAAGCUGCUGCAAGAAACAGCUUACUUAUACAAAGAUAAGAGGUUCUUAUUCCAUCCUUUUAACACUAGGAGUUCAAAAGGAAUCAUUUUUUUUUAUUCGUUUUGUAAAAAGGUAAGAGUGGCAUACAGUCAUGGCCGUAAAUGUUGGAACCGCUGAAAUUUUUCAAGAAAAUGAAGUAUUGCUCACAGAAAAGGAUUGCAGUAACACGUUAUGCUAUACACAUUUUUAUUCCCUUUGUGUGUGGAACUAAACCAAAAAAGGGAGGAAAAAAGCAAAUUGGACAUAAUGUCACACCAAACUCCAAAAUGGGAUGGACAAAAUUAUUGGCACCCUUAACUUAAUAUUUGGUUGCACACCCUUUGGAAAAAAUAACUGAAAUCAGUCACUUCCUAUAACCAUCAAUAAGCAUAUUACAGUUCACAGCCGGCAGAAUGUUGGACCACUCUUCCUUUGCAAGGGCGUCCUCAUUGGAAGGGCGUCUUUUCCCAACAGCAAUUUUAAGAUCUCUCCACAGGCGUUUAAAUGGGAUUUACAUCUGGACUCAUUGCUGGCCACUUUAGAACUCUCCAGCGCUUUGUUGCCAUCCAAUUCUGGGUGCUUUUUGACAUGUUUGGGGUCAUUGUCCUGCUGGAAGACCCAAUAUCUUGGACGCAAACCCAGCUUUUUGACACUGGGCUGUACAGUGCGACCCAAAGUUCGUUGGUAAUUCUCAGAUUUCAUGAUGCCUUGCAUUCAUUCAAGGCACCCAGUACCAGAGGCAGCAAAACAACCCCAAGACAUCAUUUAACCUCCAUCAUAUUUCACUGUAGGUACUGUGUUCUUUUCUUUGUAGGCCUCGUUCCGUUUUCGGUAAACAGUAGAAUGAUGUGCUUCACCAAAAAGCUCUAUCUUGGUCUCAUCUGUCCACAAGACAUUUUCCUAGAAGGACUUUGGCUUACUCAAGUUCAUUUUGGCAAAAUGUAGUCUUGCUUUUUUAUGUCUCUAUGUCAGCAGUGGGGUCCUCCUGGGUCUCCUGCCAUAGAGUUUCAUUUAAUUUAAAUGUCGAUGGAUAGUUCGCGCUGACACUGAUGCUCCCUGAGCCUGCAAGACAGCUUGAAUAUAUUUGGAACUUGUUUGGGGCUGCUUAUCCACCAUCCGGACUAUCCUGUGUUGACACCUUUCAUCAAUUUUUCUCUUCCGUCCACGCCCAGGGAGAUUAGCUACAGUGCCAUGGGUUGGAAACCUCUUGAUAAUGUUGCGCACUGUGGACAAAGGCAAAUCUAAAUCUUUGGAGAUGGACUUGUAACCUCGAGAUUGUUGAUCUUUUUCCACAAAUUUGGUUCUUAAGUCCUCAGACAGUUCUCUUCUCCUCCUUCUGUUGUCCAUGCUUAGUGUGGCACACAAAGACACACAAUGCAAAGACUAAGUGAACUGCUCUCCCUUUUAUCUGCUUUCAGGUGUGAUUUUUAUAUUGUUCACACCUGUUACUUGCCCCAGGUGAGUUUAAAGGAGCAUCACAUGCUUGAAACAAUCUUAUUUUUCCACAAUUUUGAAAGGGUGACAAUAAUUUUGUCCAGCCUAUUUUUUGGAGUUUGGUGUGACAUUAUGUCCAAUUAGCUAUUUUUUGUCCCUUUUUUGGUUUAGUUCCAGUACACACAAAGGGAAUAAACAUGUCUAUAGCAAAACAUUACUGCAAUCCUGUUCUGUGAGAAAUACUUAAUUUUCUUGAAAAAUUUCAGAGGUCCCAACAUUUACGGCCAUGACUGUAUGUACCCACAAAUCAAGUGAAUACCUUUACCUUGAAAAAUAAACUUUGUAAUUUAUUACUUUAGGGAUGGGGGAAGGGGGGUUGUGGAAGACUAAAAGGUAAAUAAACAUAUAAUAUCUACAGUUUUUGUAACUUGUAAUGGGCCACAAAACAACUUAUUUUUGAGCAGAUUGCACAUUUUAUGCAGCUUUUACUAGACUGGUGGGUUGGCCAGAGCUGUUUUUACUGCCAAGAUUUGCUUAUAUGCUGUAUUUAAUAUGAAUAGCUACAUUGCAUAUUUAAAAUAAAUGUUUGUAUGUGUUCAAGACUUGCUGUAUUGUGCUAUUGUCUCAUGCUGCCAGACAUACAAAAAUGUUCACAAGAAAAACUUGCUCUCCAGUGCAGGUGGAGCAAAACAUGGUAUUAAUGAUUUCUAUACAUAUUUAGGUUAAGUAUAUCAUAUCCACACCCAGUGGGACA